GGGUUCGAGUCCCAUGAACUCGAACAACAAUCAAGUUCGACGAUGAAGAACUCGAUCUAGAACCACAACGAGUUCCUAAAACUCAAUCAAAGGUAGUUCGAUUUUGCACAAAUCGAUCGAGGUAGAUCGAUGACAAAAAACUCGAUCAUAGUAGUUCGAGUUUGAACAACUCGAUCAAAUUACUCCGAGUUUGGACAACUCGAUCCACCCCGAUCGAUGCCAAUAAACUCGAUCUAGUAAAACGACUUUAGAAUCCUCGAUCCAUAUCUGCACAAGAUCAAUGCCUUGAAAUUCGAACCAUAUAAUUCGAUUCCUAUGGCCUCGAACUAUUGGUCAACCGAUGUGCUUUAGGAUAGGGUUGCAAAGAUAAGAUUCUUUGUUGUCAUAGAUCGAGUUCUAGGGACUCGAACUAGUGUAGUUCGAUUAGACUAAACUCGAACCACUGUGCAAUCAUUCUGUCCAGUCGCUUUCGGUCCGACAUGUUCCAGAAUAGGAUGCAGUGGUAAAAUUAUUGGUUGCCCUAGAUCGAGUUUAAUGGACUCGAACAACUGCAUCAGUUUACGAGGAUAAAAAGGCAUCACUUAGGGGUCGUUUGGAUGAGGAAUUGUGACGGAUCAAUUUGACACAAUUGUCACGUUUUGAGACAAUUGUAUCAAAUUGCCUUGUUUGCCAGCAAAAAAUUUUGAUGGGUCAAUCUGCUUGAGGUAUUUUGAAUUGAUCCAUUUUGAGUCAAUUUCAAUUACCUGGGGUGGGGCAGGUAAUUCGAAUUGACUCGUUUAUAAAACGAGACAAUUGAUCAAAUUAACUCAUUUAUAGAUUGAUUCAUACAAACGACCCCUUAGCACAUUCUGGCUGCUCUUUUACUUUCUAUCUUCAUUCUUCCAAACAUAAAUGGCACCGGUUGGAGCAUCAUAGUUGAGCAAAGAAGAAAAUUUUUGUAGGCAAGUUCUGCUUACGUUGUUUGAAUGAGCAUAUUAUAAUUUUGGAUUAAUUUAGUAUUGUUUGGACUGUAUGUAAUGAGCUGCUUCUAUAAACUGCAGAAAUAGGUAGAAAAUUUCGAAAAUUCGACUUAUUAAUUCGGUGGAAUGGUCGAAUUACACAUUUUCAUGAUAGUAUUGACUAUGAAGAUGGUGAAUCAAGUACUGCCCGGAUUGAGAGCAUAUUUACUUGGCAAGAGCUCAGCCAUAUUUGUGCGGAAUGAUGUUGCAUAGGAGGGCGAAAAGUAUGCAAGAUGACUUACCAUAUGCCGGUUUACAAGGAUUAUGCACUUGUAUAUGAAGGAUCAGUUUUGUCUGACGAUGAUGACAUUAAUAUGAUGGUGAGAUUUAUUGCAGAGAACAGAUUUCCAACUGUUGAAGUUUAUGUCGAGACAGAAGUUGUUGGCCAAUAUGGUGGGGGCGGUUAUAUCGAACAAGGUGAAGGAUCGGGAGGAUUUUCUGGUUCAGGAGAUUUUAGAGUUCUGCAUGAUGCACCAUGGCCAACAUACGAGGAUCGAACUGCAACUGGUCCAUUGGUGGAACAUGACGGACAGGAGUAGCCAGUAUGGGGUGAAGAAUGAGAUUACAUAAGGGCACCCAGACAGUCACCCAGACAAGCAUCUACACCAGCAUCUGGCAUCAACAAUGAUCCUUAUGUGGAUAAACCAAGUCCUCCGUAUACUAGCGAGGCAAGCGACGUGGAAGAUGAAGAGUUACAAUCAAUGAGUAGUUCAGAUAGUGAAGAUCUGGAAGUUGAUAGGGGGAAUUUGAGCCCCCCACACCUCACUACAUGAUGGUGCCCCAACAUCCUCUCUGUGCUCACAACGACGAUCCUGACCUCCCUACUAUACCUAUAUAGACUCCUGAUUCUGGAUUCGUGGUUGGCCAAACAUUUGGAGGAAAGUCUCGGGUGGUCGAUGCAUUGAAAGAAAUUGCUAUGCGAAAAAGCUUUCAAUGUCGUGUCAUCACUCCUAACACUAAACAAAUUCAUGUUCGUUGCAAGAACCAUGGUGACGGAUGCAUGUGGCAUGUUCUGACGGCAUAUGUUAAAAGAAAUGGGGCUUGGCUCAUUCGUAAGACAGACAACAACCACACUUGUAGGUCGUCACUGAUUUCUUUAGAUCACUGACAAUUGAGUGCAAGGAAGGUUGCACAAACAAUCAAACAUCUGAUUGAGGUACAACCUGGGAUCACCGUGAAGAGUGUCAUCGCUGAAGUGAAGAAUCGACAUGGCUAUACCAUCAGUUACAAGAAAGCCUGGCAUGGGAAGUAAAAAGUUAUGGCAGAGGUGUAUGGCAUUUAGGAAGAGUCAUUUGUUAACAUGCCUCGUUUGAUUUUUGUAAUGGUUGAUAAGAAUCCUAGGUCUGUUUUUGUGCCUAGUUACGAAGAUUUCUAUAGGGUUGUUAAACGCAUGCUUAAGCGACUAUUUUGGGCGUUCAAACCAUGCAUUGAUGGUUUCACCCAUUGUCUGCCAAUAAUCCAAGUUGAUGACACCUUUCUGACCGGCAAAUACAAGGCACUCUACUCGUUGCCACUAGUGUUGAUGGCAGUAUGCAACUUUUCCUGCUUGUUUUUGCUAUAGUCGAAUCUGAGAACAACUUAAUUUGGGCAUGGUUUUUUUCCCAACUAUAUACUCAUGUCACUCAACGGAAGGAAAUUGCCAUACUUUCUGAUCGACACUAUGGAAUUGCACAUGCUUUCUACGACCUGCCCGAGGAGCUAGGGUGGAAGUGGCGCUGGUGCAUACGACAUUUAAAAAGCAAUUACGGGAAGCAUUUUGGUAGAACUUAUGGACGACGUGCAGUUUGGCACGCUGGUAAGAACAAAUAAGAUGUUGUGAUUAUAUCAAUUGGUUGAAUGCUUAUACUCCUUUACUAACCUUAUUUUGCUCUAUUGCUUUUCAGACUCGAAAGUUUGUAGACAAAAUGAAGAGCAUAAGGGAGGUCCACUCUGAAGGUGCAGAUUGGCUAGAAACUCAUCCUUUUGAGAGGUGGACGUUACAUCAAGACGAAAGAUAUAGGUAUGGAAUAACAACAACGAACAUGGGUGAGUGCCUUAAUGGUUUGUAUGUUGGUCUUCGUGCAAUAUCUAUCUCAUCUAUAGUCCUGCAUACCUUCUUUUGUACGGUGACAUGGUUAGUUGAAUGCUAUCAAGCAGCAUAUAAGAUAUUGCAUGAGGGAAUCUACAUUCCAAAGAUGAUUACAGAUGAUAUGAAACCAUGGUCGGAAAGGGCAAAAUGUCAUAAGGUGACUUUAUUUAGUCGAAGAGAUUCUCGUUUCGCAGUAGUAACAGGAAGUGGACCAUAUAGUUCAAAGGGUAGUAAUGCUCAAACAGUCAUACUGGAUGCAAGGAACAAAAUAGGAGAGUGUACUCUUGUGGGAAGUUUCAAGGGAGACACCUGCAUUGCUCUCAUGCAUAUGCAGCAGAGAGAAGCGUUAAUUUGGACCAUUUGAUAUUUGUUAGUCCAUACUACAAGACUCCAUACGUGGUCAGAUUUUGGGAAGGGUCGUUCUUUCUCUUAGCUCAUGAAGCAUAUUGGCCCCAGUAUGAUGGACUUGUAGUGUACCCUCCCGAGCACAUGAAGCGUACCAAAUGUCGACCUAGAGUUAAUUGAAUUGCAAAUGAAAUGGAUAGAUCAAG